AUGGGCGACAACCACAACGACCUCGAAGAGCUCGCGCGCUCCACAACAGAAGACUACUACACACUCCUCGCCGUGCCCUUUGACGCCGAAGAAUCAGUCAUCAAGCGCGCCUACCGCAAAGCCUCGAUCCGGUACCACCCCGACAAAAACCCUGACAACAAAGAUGCCGCCGACCGCUUCAUCGCCCUCGGCUGGGCGCGCGACAUCCUGAUCGACCCCAAACUCAAGGGCGAGUACGACCGCGCGCGCACACGGCGACGUGAGAAAGCGUUCCAGGAUGAGCUGCUCAGCGGGAAUAGGCGGAAGAUGAAGGAGGAGCUCGAGCGGAGGGAGCGCGAGAGCGCCCAUUUCGGCGCGAGCGCGAAGAGGAAGCGCGCCGCGGACUUGACCGAGGCCGAGCGCAGGGAGCAGGAGAUUCAGCGUCUGGCCGAGGAUGGGAAGAGGCGGAGGAAGGAGGCGCAGGACAGGAAGGAUAGGGCGAGGAUGCAUGAAGAGGCUGCGAAUUCGGCGCCUGCGGAGCCGGUCAAGAGCCCUGAGCGACAGGCGCCAAGGCCGGGGGAGUCUGCUGAGCUGGAUCGCACGGUCAAGAUACGGUUUCAUCGUGACGGCGAGACGACGACGUGGGACAAGGAUGCGGUGAGGAACAUGUUUGGGAAGUAUGGCAAGAUUGACAGCAUCAUCAUGGCCAAGGAUAAGAAGCUCAAGCUUGAGGGCGAGAAGCACAGGAAGCUCGUGGCUAUAGUGUUUGUCGUCUACGCACGCCUCGACCACGCGCACGCCGCCGUCUCAGACGCAAAGGCAGAUCACCCAGCGCUUGACCUCGUAGCCUGGGCGAACGGCGAACCAGAUCUAUCCUCCGUCGCCAACGGCACUGGCGCAUCCACCUCCACUGGCGCAUCCACCUCCACCGCCGAAUCGCCCACGACGCCAUCAGCACCCACGACGCCAGCAGCACCCGCGACGCCAGCAGCCAAGUCGUUCAAGGCAUCUUUCGGGUCCAGUCUCGGUGCCGGGGCCGGAGCGACUCCGCUCGGCACGCCCAAGUUCUCAUUCAGUCCCAAAACACCUAGUCUGGAAGAGGUGACCAUGAUGCGGCUCAAGAACGCAGAGAAAAAGAGACUGGAGGAGCAGAUUCGGACGAGGGAGGCUGCCGAGGCGGCACAG